GAUAUGGAUGUCAUGUGGCUGCGAAAUCCAUUCACAAAACUGAACCACGUUGGAGAUGACCUGCAGAUAAGCUGUGAUGCAUACAACGGCAAUCCACUGGAUGAUUCCAACCCCAUCAACACUGGCUUUUACUUUGUAGGCUCAAAUAACAAAACCAUUUUAUUAUUUGAUGCAUGGUACGCAUCAAGGAUUAUCUCAGCACGCAUGCAAGACCAAAGUGCGCUGUCUGUCCUGAAAUCUAAGGGAAUAUUUAAGCAAUUGGGCAUGAAAGUGAGAUUCCUAGACACCCGCCACUUUAGUGGGUUCUGUCAAGACAGCAGGGAUUUUAAAGAAGUGACCACCGUGCAUGCAAAUUGCUGCCGCAGUGUGAAGGCAAAGCUUGUUGAUCUGACAGCUGUCCUCAAAGCUUGGAAGAGUUCUAACAGCACAGCAAUGGUCAGGUGGCCUGAACACAAGGCAUGCGCUGCAUCGUGGAUAAAAGACAUCAGAAUCUAG